GGCCACCAUGGUCCAGAUCAUCGUGCUCUACUUCGCUGCAGCAUCGACCGCCACAAACCUUACCUCCGAGUCCAUCACGCUGCCAUCGCCCGAUAAUUCUGACUCGGACGCCGACUUCCGCUUGUCUUCCCUGCCCGCUCUCCUCGCCGCUCGCCAUCCCGGAACCGGUUUGGACGAAAUCUUGGCGUCUAGCCAGUGGAGCGUCGACGCGGAGAUGGUCGAUAAGCCUGAAGACGUGGUGCUGAAGGGUGGAGAGGAGGUUGCGGUGAUAUGCCCAGUCUCCGGUGGAUGACGCCUGUGCUCUAUGGAAGUGGAAGGCGCGGUCUGCGACGGGAAGAAUGGCUGGAGGUCGGAAGGUGGUGUACGUGUGCUUGACACGCUCAGAUGUACCGUGAGAUGUGUACCCAUCCCCAUCGCAAGGCGCACCACGACUGUACAGCUAUCUUUCCUCGACGAAAGACUUUGGCUUGCCCAGAAAACAAUGCCGCAGAAAACCAUCUUUACUGCGAGACGCCUGAGCGCGAGCACCUUCCUCGUGAACGAGGUCAACGACGUCUUUGACGAAAACCCCUUCCUCUACGCAAUCCUUGUGCCAUCCGCCAACACCCUCGUCCUCGUCGACACGGGCUGCGACGGCCGGAGCCGCACGCCCGACCCAGGUGUCACCCGCGUGCGCGACUUCCUCGAGCGCGUUCCCGUAGGCGCCAAUGGCGAUCGACCUCUGAAUCCGCAAGGUCAACUGGGCUACGUCGUCGUGCUCACCCAUUGCCAUUACGACCAUAUCCUCGGUGUCGAGCAGUUCGCCCACGACUCGCAGAUCGUCGCCUCCGGCCACGACCCCUCAUUCGUCUCGCCCGAGAACCUCCCGAAACACUCCCUCUGCGCGCCUCUGGACCUUCCGACUCCCACAUACACGCCGACGCUCGUCCCGCAUUCGUCCCUCUUGUCGUCCCCGACGGGCACGUCGCUGAACCUCCGGGUUCUGCACACUCCCGGGCACACGCCAGAUGAGCUCGCGCUCUGGCACGAAGAAGAGCGCAUGCUUUAUGUCGGCGACACGCUCUACGAAUGCGCGCCGAUCAUCUUUCCCAGCGAGGGCUCGAUCGUCCGCUGGUUCGAAAGUGUGGACGACCUGAUCGCCUUAGUGCGCGACGCGGAUAGCGAUGGCGGGCUGCUGACGCGUAUCAACGCGGGUCAUCAGACGGCGGGAGAGCCGGCGAUGGAUGUGCUUCUGGCUUCCAAAGCCUUCAUGCAGGACGUCGUGUCGGGGACAGAGCCUAUACAGAGGCGGUGGCAGAAGCGCGGGGACACCUUCGUAGAGUAUGCACAGAAGGGUGGUCGAUUCAGCUUGCAAUGCCCCGAGAGACUCGUCCUGCUGGCGAGGCGAAGCCCGAUCUGAGUAUACAUCGCUGACGCAAUACUCUAUACACGAGUUUCUUUGUUCGCCCGUUUUGACCAAGGUGUUCCAUGGCGAGUCACACUCCUGUUGAAAUGCAUAAAGACAAGCUGUGGUGCUCGAUAACAUCCGCCACUCGAAAGAUUGAGGGUUGAUUGGCGACAUCCAGCAUGUCUGGCUUGCUUGUGGAAACGCAUAUGGUCCUCUACGGAUACGAUGGAAAGAUCCUUCAGUUCCAAAAUACUGCCCGCCUCCCUCGCCCUGACAUGCACGAUAGCGAGCGCAGACCGUUGAUCCAGGAGUUCAUGACGCAGGCAAACAGAUCUGGGACACACAGCGGUCCUUGGCGCUGUAAAUUCUGCGGGGAGCCCGCACGGAUGGCACUCGGUGUAGGCCUCUCACAUACGAGCGACACAUCCAUGAGUUUCCUCAACUUCUUGCAUGCGAUAUGUAGUCCCGAUCGAGGCCCCUGCAGAACCAAGUUUGAGGAUCUUCACACCGAGCUGGCGAGGAAGUGGAGGAUCCCCAAUAUACCUCCACCAUUGCCUGAGCCGGGACUGCAUCAUCCGUUCCUCGCGAGUUGCGCAGGAUGCAAGGAAGACGAUUCAGCCGACGUCGAGCCAUGGAACAACGCCACACUCAUGAGGUGUUCUGCAUGCAAGGUAACGCGUUACUGCUGUUCCGCGUGUCAGAGGAAGGAUUGGCCGGCGCACAAGAAGUUCUGCAAGACCCUGACGAACAUCAUCUGGGACGAAGAUAUCGAUGUGACACCAAUUACCGAGUAAUAAAGGGUGCUGGGUCGAAUGUACAUUCGGCGAUACUGCAUUUGCGUUAUGGUAGUGUCUGUAGCUUCGAUCGUAUAAUCCAAUCCAGUCGAU